GUCAAACAAAAUAGUUUCCCAAAAAAAUUACACUUUACAUUAUACUUAAUAAAUAGAAUUUAUUUUUAACAAUUAUUUGAGAUUUGCUUCCACUGUCUGUUUAUCGAUAAGUUGUACAAUCGAGGGACAUUGUUGUCAUGUCUAAUCUUCCCACGCAUUAACAACAGCUGUUGCUGAAUAGUAAAUAGACGCUAGUAUUUGCUUAUACAUCCUAAAUUGCGCUUAGAGACGUAAAAUUCAUCUAAAAGAUGUCGUCGGCUAUAUACUUGGAGAACUAUCUCGAUGGUCUCGAGAGUUUGCCAACCGAGCUCGAGCGAAACUUUAAGCUGAUGCGGAAACUGGACGAUCGUGCUCAAACGGCCAUGAAAAGCAUCGAUAGCCAUGCUAAGGACUUUAUGCGGAAGCUAGGCGAAAACGGGGCCAUGAGCGACGAGGAGCGAAAGGAGCGCCAAGAGGAUAUAAAGGCUCUUUUCGGAAAGGCCAAGGAAUACAGUGAUGACAAGGUGCAGCUGGCUAUCCAGACGUACGAACUGGUGGACAAGCAGAUCCGGCGACUGGACAACGACUUGGCACGAUUUGAGGGCGAGAUCCAAGAGAAGGCCUCCUCCACGCGCGCCAAAUCCGAGGAAGUGGUUGCCAAAAAGGGUCGCAAAAAAACCAAGGACAGCAAGACGACGGGUAAAAAGAAAAAAUCAGCAUCCUCGGACGAGGAUACUGGCCGUGGCAGCAGCCAAAACAAUGCCAAUUCCAGUCUCAAUACGAGCAGCAAUACCGGACAAGGUACCAAAAAGAAAAAGUCCAAGGUAAAUCAAGAAAAAGAAACUCGCAAGGGGGCGCACAAAAAGAAAACCGUCGAGGUGGAUGACUCGGAGAAGGAAUCGUGCCACACAGCCGCCACACAUCCCAGCGAUGUUAUGGACAUGCCCGUCGAUCCCAAUGAGCCAACAUAUUGCCUGUGCCACCAGGUGUCCUAUGGCGAGAUGAUUGGCUGCGACAAUCCUGACUGUCCCAUCGAAUGGUUCCACUUUGCCUGCGUUGGCCUGACAACAAAACCCAAAGGAAAGUGGUUCUGUCCUAAGUGCACGCAGGACCGAAAGAAGAAAUAGAGUAAUUUAUAUAACCAUCUAGCUUAGGUACUAUUUUACUGAUUAAAAUUAAACUUUUCAUGGCAAUA